UUUAGAGACGACCAACCUCCUCGGUCUUCUUUUCUUGUCCGAUCCUGCUGGUCCAGAAGCUGGUAUUCUGCUGGACCGUCCUCACGGUUAGCAUCGGAUAGAAAACCAUCGAAGGGCGGUGUCUGUGUCUUUUCCAGCUUUCAAAAGUCCCGCUUGGCGAAGUCAGGCAUAAUGAUAAUAUCGCACAAAAAAUGCUCGUCGUUCUUCAUCCGUCCUCUCCGACAGCUGUUGUCGAUUGUUUUCCUACGCUCAUUGUCAGUAUUGGUGGUGGUUUGCACGCCUCUGUCGCGGUAUGCACUCUGUUGCCGUUCGUCCUUGUUUGGGCGUUCACAGCCCUGCAUACGACAAGAAGCGCUCCGCUGCGCAUUUCUUCCACACUAGGAGCAACGCUCCACUGCGUCUACAACAUGCACACUGCAAUGAACGCUCCGCAGCGCUGCGCCGUCGAGCUCAUUCACAUCUUCCUCGCCAGCAAUGGCUUCCUUCUCGCGAGACUCACUUCUCAACUCUCCUCACUUUCCUCAACCAGACAAAUUGGCAACUCUUUUCUUGGAAAGACGUUGGACAAUCGCAAUAAACACACUCAAGACACUUCUCGGAGCUCGACGUCGACGACAAACUCGAUUUUGCAAGGUACGCAUUGCCGAAGAGCCCGUCUCCAGCUUGACAGCGAGACCAGCUCAUCGUCCUCAAAUACCUCAAUACCCCAGACAUACCGGCUCAGGAUGUCUCUCCAUGUGACGCUGGCGACCUCAAUGGCGACUGAACUGCUGUCGGUACCUCUCUUUUCGAAUUUCUCGAUUACGGUCUCCUCUACUGGUCUCUCGAUCUUUUCUGCAGCUCUCACACCAUCCAGCAAUGCCUCAAUGCAAAGCUUGGACGUGCCAGCGACUGUCUCGGUGUCAGUAUGGGUUCCAGACUCUCCUGCGCCUACCAGCAUGAACACCUCGACUGCUCUUCCACCAUUGGCGACCAGUACGGUCAAUAUCAACAUCACAGCAACCACGACAGUCUGGUUCACCGAGACUGUGCCUGCCUCUCUUGCUCCGUCUGCCAGCGCCACCAGCAUGGUCACCGUUUCUGUUCUUCCUCUCCCAGCCACCAGUACGGUCAAUACAUCUUCAAUCAGUAGCGCCGCCACCUUGUCGUCGCCUGCAAUCACCACAUCCCCCGGCAGCACGGUCUCUACAACAUCCAGCACGUCUGCAAUCAUCAGCGCGUCUGCACAGCCUCUUCCGAUCUCUCUUGCUCGCUCUCCUGCAUGGAAAAUAGUCAAGAUCGUCUCGUCAGUUCUCGGUGUAUGCAUGCUAGUCAUGUUCGCCGCUCUGGUCUGGUUGUUAGUACAGCGCCGCAAGGAUCGCAAGGACAGAAGCACCAAUUCGUACACCGUGGGCAGUGUCUCGACCUCUCCAAGCACAGUUUCGACCCUUCCAAACCUUCGAGUCACGCGUGCGCCGGUGCUUCCCCCUCUUUCCGCCCGUCGAAUGCGUCCGCGCGAGCGCACCGCGUCUCCUGCGUCUCCAGAUAUCAGAAUGUCAAUCAUUUCGGACCCGCGAAGCAGUCGCUCUACCAGGACUGAGCCAUUUCCGGAGUUUGUCGAGUCGCCAGAGCGGCGGAGGUCGGUGUUUGCCUCGUUUGAGAGGUUCACGGCGUGGUGGACCGGGGUGGGAGGAGAGGGUGUGGUAGACGAGUACCACUCCUCGGGGAGUGAUGAGAGCAUGUGAAUGGGGGGGGGCAAGUGAGGUAGAUGUGAAAUUAGUAGUUCGGCAUGUGAGAGUGAAAGAUGAAAUAGAAGUGAAAUGAGAGUGAAUGGGCA